AUUUUCUAUAAUUGAAAAGAAAAAAAAAGGAAUACAGAAUCGACGAUGCAUUUAUGUCUGACAGAAGAGAUCUCCGAUCCUUUUUAAUACACUUUUCGAUUGGCUGCGUCAUUGUUUCUUGCUGCGAAAACAAAAAAGUUUUUUCUUGAACAAUAGUUCGAGUUAUUUAGAGCAAUAAUUCUGUAUUAAAAUUAAAAGAUGCAUGCCAUGUUCUGAUAUAUCAAGCUUUAACAAGUACGAUGAGUGCUGAAGAAGUAACUGACAACCUCAAGGACUUGUCACUGAACAAACAAACCACUGAAAAGCCAAAACAAGAACUAAAAGCAGCCUAUGACAAAGCAGCCUUAAAAGAACGUUGGAAAAUAUUGGGCACGGACGCAGAACAAAGUAUUUUAUCCAUGAUUCGUAAGGCCUGUAUGAGUACAUUUGCUCGAGAUGAUUUCUUUAAAAUUUUGCAAAGCAUCAAACAAAGUUUUGUGCAACGUGAUUAUGAAGGUAUCUUUACGGAUACGCUCAACUUAGAAGUCUAUACAGCAGCGUAUGUACCGGGAAGAGCACUUUGUUAUUACGAAAUCUUUUGCAGACCUCAACUUUUGAAGUUUUUGAUGAAACGCAGUAAUCUUUAUUGUGUCGGUUCAGGAUCCGGCUCUGAAUUAUCGGCUAUUUCGGCGGCAAUGACUCGAGUACCUGCUGAACGCCAGCAAGUGCAGUUGGUCAUGCAAGACAUUGGUGCUUAUGAUGCCGUAUUGGACUCAUUAGAAAAAACAAUCCGAGAAAAGUGGUUGUUGACUGAAGAGCAGUUACAAUGCACAUACGAACAAAACGACGUAUUAGAUUCUACAGAUGCAAAGAUAGAUAAGCGAUUAGCAGAAGCAGACUUAAUUACCUUUAUGUUUGUCAUGAAUGAAUUGUUUGUCAAAAAAUCAGCAGCCAUGGCAUUAAUACAAAAAAUGGUUCAAACUAUGAAGAAAGGGGCACACUUAUUGGUUCAUUUUCGCAUUUAAAAGUAGGCAAUAAGACAUAUAUGGUAUAUAUGUUAUUGGAUGCUAUUCAAGACUUGAAAUUAGUGAUAGGCGAAGAUUCCCGAUGGUAUAGGCACCCUGACCAUUUAAAAUAUCCUAUAGAUGUACAGAAUAUGCGCUACUUUAUCCGCUUAUACAAAAAAAAUAAAUU